UUAUUUACCAAAAUUCUCUGUACAACUCUGGUGAGAUUGGGAGGAAAAUUCGACGCCAAUACCACCCCCCCCCCUCAAGUUGGAGGGGGACGAAGUUACACCCAACUUGCCGAUGAUAGAGUGGUGAAGCGGACCGGACAAGGGUUUGGUGAAGACAUCGGCAAUCUGUUGAUGCGAAGGGACAAAAGUCAAAGAAAUGAUCCCUGCUUGAAAUUGUUGCUGAACAAAAUGACAAUCCAGCUCCACGUGCUUUGUACGUUCGUGGAAUACUGGAUUUUUGGCGAUAUGAAUCGCUACUUGGCUAUUGGAAUGUAGCGAAACCGGCAGAGAAGGUGAAAUAGACAGAUCUUUGAGUAAUCGAACUAACCAGGACACCGGAGAACCCCCAAAGCUAAUGUAGAAACCACUAAUAGAAUGACGAGAAUCAGGACAUCGUCCCCAGUCGGAGUCACAGAAAGCAAGAAGAUGAAGUGAGGGACUAGGGUUGAGCAAAAGACCCAUUGCAGGAUCUGAGAGGAGAUAACGCAGACAAUGAAAAGUUGCGUCCAAGCGAGUUUAGCGUGGAGACUGCAUAAAUUGACUCAAAUGUUACAUGGCGAAGGACAAAUAAGGCCGCGUGUGAGUGAGGAAAUUCAAUUUCCCUAGAAGGAGGCGAUAGAAAGUCGGGUCUGGAAUCAAAUCUCCAGUGUAAAGGCUGAGUCUUUGAGCGGGAUCAAGGGGCGAUGUAGUAGGCUUGAGGUUAAGGACCCCAAAUUCAUUCAAGAGUUCUGAGAAAGUGCAGUGAAAAUGAACGAUCUCAUGACAAAAUCGUUCUUAAAUUAUACGGAAUUGAAGAAACGGGUCAACUUGGAUGUUGAAGCAGAGAAGGAUUUGGAGAAAGGCCAAUUACAACUCAGUCCCACAGAUGAAAACAAUCUCUCCCAAUUUUUUCUUCAAGUGCAGGCAAUAAAGGAUGACAUUGAAGAGAUUACUAAUCUCUUAAUUGAUCUUCAAAAUCUGAAUGAAGAAACAAAGACCACUCAUAGUUCCAAAGUUCUUCGCGGGCUAAGAGAUAGAAUGGACUCAGAUAUGGUUGCUGUUUUGAGGAAAGCCAAGAUUGUAAAGGCAAAACUUGAAGCACUUGAAAAAUUAAAUGUGGCGAGUCGCAAAUUAUCAGUGGCGUAUGCUGAAGGAACUGCGGUUGAUCGAACAAGAAUCGCCAUGACUAAUGGAUUGAGAUUCAAGCUUAGGCAAAUCAUGAAUGAUUUUCAGGUUUUGAGGGAGAGAAUCAUGUUGGAUUUCAAAGAGUGUCUCCAAAGAAGGUACUAUAAUGCAACAGGUCAGGCGCCAACAGAAGAAGUGAUUGAGAAGAUGAUUUCAGGAGGAAAUGUGAAAGCGGAAAUAUUUGAAGAAAGGACAGAACUGAAUCUUGAGAACCAAGAAAGAUACGAGGCAGUAAUGAACAUUCAGAGAAGUUUGGACAAGCUUCAUCAAGUGUUUCUUGAUAUGGCUGUUCUUGUUGAGGCACAAGGUGAAAAGAUCGACGAUAUUGAGCAUAAUAUGGCUGCUGCUAGAAGCUUUGUAAGUGGAGGAACUAACAGUCUU